CGAAUGCCCAUCUUCACCUCACUUGACUCUGUAUAGAACGAAACGACGCCCUGAUUAAGCUCUCUGUUCAUCAACUCCUCUGCCAUGGCUGCUGGUGGUGACUCGAAAAAGGUUACCUAUGCGCUGAUUUGGGCUGCUAUAUGGAUCCUCUGUUCUUCUUCUUCUUCUUGUCCUUCUCGAGCUGCUGCUGUUGCAACCCAAGACAACGACAACCCUUAUGCGAAACUAAGUAGUAGUAAUGAUGGGUCAUUGAUUGAGGCGGUGGGGAAGCCUCUUCCGCCGCCGCCGACUGGAUCGGAGACACCAGUACUACGAGAUGAAGAUGAUGCUCCGAUUCCGUGGUGGGUCGAACCGUUGUUCAUUGCGGGUGACGUAUUUUUCUUUGUUGCGUCGGGAUCCGUUGUCGUUUGCAUAAUCGGUUGGAUCCUGAAAUCAGCCCAUAAGGAAUGUGGAAAGGGCGUUCCAGUGACGGUGUAGUCUCACAGGAACCCGACUUGAUUGUUUCUGUUCUGUCAGAUCAAAGCUAUGUUGUCUCCGUUUUGAUUAACGAAUGAAUAAUGUAUUGUUUUCAAACUCUUGUUAUUGUUAAUGGAUUUGUGAAAGUGGUGCGUGUUAUUGCUCUAGUCUUGAAUCUUGAUCGAAUAAAGGGGAA